AUGAGGCAGCCAAUUUCGAUUGAAAAAAGGGUGGCCAUCGGCCUUUAUCGGCUGUGCUCCACAGCUGAGGACAGCACUAUUGCGUACCUGUUUGGAGUUGGUAGGUCUACUGUGAACGUAGUCUACAGACAGUUUGCGAAGGCUGUCAUCCAGGACCUCGAAGACGAGUGGCUGCGGAUGGUUAGUCCUGGCGAGAUGGGGGAACACAUCCGAGAGUUCUACGCAGUGAGCGGCUUCCCACAGGGGGUCGGCGCCUUGGACGGCUGUCACUUUGCUGUCUCGCCACCAAAGAACAACGCUGUCGACUACUAUAACUAUAAAGGGUGCCACGUCACAGCUCAGAUAUGUGCCAUCGUGGAGGACAGGAAGUCAGACGUGCCCUCACACAGUAUUUCUGGAAGCGGCGUCAGCAGACUUCGUGAAAGUGGGGCAGAACUUCCUGUGGCUGACUGCCGAUAUGUGUUUUAA